AUGUCGGCCGGGGCAAGACCCGACGCCCCGGACUUUAGCGGCCAGACGGCCAUGUUCUACGCGGUGCAAGGCUCGUCCUCGUUGCCGAGCUGCUCGGAGGCCUGCCGGCUGCUCCUUGAGGGCAGGGCCGACCCGGAGCGGGAAGACCUGAAGGGCCUCACGCCCGUGGCGUUGGCGUUGCGGCUGGGCAGCCCCUGCGCGGCCUUGCUGGCGGCCUACAGUGCAACAGAGCGCGCGCGAGUCGCGCAGACUACUCCUGCAGUCGUGCCAUGUCCACGUGCCGUUCUGCGUUUAGGAGUUCGUAGUUUCCGUGCAGAUUGCUUGCUGCCUGCUGUAUGUUUGGACGUCAUUCGGCAGCUGGUGCCCAGGGAGUCCAGGAUGCCACCACACGAUGUUCAGUAUUUCAGUACAUUGGCUAUUUUCGCCGAGUGA